AUGACUGGAAGUAUUAAAUAUAGAGGUAGACUUACUGAUUCUUAUGAGAGGAGAAUGAAGUAUUUUAAAAAUGAUUGGACAUGUUUUUUUGAUAUAAAAAGAUUAUCUCAAAGAAUAUUAAAUUCUAAAGAUGAGUAUAUUUUUAAUUUUGUUUCAAAAUUUUGUCUUCUCUCAGAACUUUUGAUUUGUUUUUUAAUUUUAACUUUUGGUAAAUAUACGGAAAUAGAUUGGAGUACAUAUAUUCAACAAGUUAAAAUAUAUCAAUCAGGAGAGUAUAAUUAUACAAAAAUAUCAGGUGAUACAGGACCCUGUGUCUAUCCGGCAGGAUUCUUAAGAAUUUUUUCCCUAUUAUCUUCAUUAACUAAUAAUGGAAUUGACAUAUUUCGUGGACAACAGAUAUUUGCUGCUCUUUACCUAAUAUUAAUAUUUUUUGUUCAUAAAGUUUUCAAAUCAACAAGAUCCCUUCCACCUAUUGCAUUAAUAAUUAUGACAUUCUCCUCAUAUAGAGUUCAUUCAAUAUUUAUUCUUCGACUUUUUAAUGAUGGUAUAGGAACAAUAUUUAUAUAUCUUUUCAUAUAUUUAUUACUAAAUGAAUCAUAUAUCUUAUCAUUAUUAUCAUUUUCAAUGGCAUUAUCUAUAAAAAUGAAUGCUCUUCUAUACCUUCCUGUUCUUGGAUUAAUCUUAAUGGAUAAAUUUUAUUUUAUACCAGCUAUCAAGUACCUUUUUAUUAUUCCAGGAACUAUUUUGUUACUUUCUUAUCAAUUUAUUUUAUCAUAUCCAUAUGACUAUUUUAGACAAGCAUUUGAUUUCUCAAGAGUAUUUCUUUAUAAAUGGACUGUUAAUUGGAAGUUCCUGGAUGAGAAUUUUUUUUUAAAUCAAAAUUUUCAUAAAUUUCUGUUAUUCUCUCAUAUAACUGUUCUUGCAAUAUUUAUAUGGAAAUUUUGUCUUAAAGAACAGUUUUCUUUCAAGAAAAAAAUUUGUUACAUUACUGAAAGAAUCACCAGGACUAGGGUAUUUGGUUUUAUUUCAAAAAUAUUUAAUACUAAUGAUGGUAUUGUAUUUGGACUGUUAUUUUCAAAUUUUAUUGGAAUAACUUUUGCUAGAUCUCUUCAUUAUCAAUUUUAUGUUUGGUAUUACCAUAGCAUUCCUUAUUUAAUAUUUAGUGGAAUGAAAAAUGAGAAUGGAGAAAAAUCAAUUUUUUCUUUAUCUUUUAUUUUCAGAUGUUUAAUUAUUUUAAUUAUUGAAUUUUGUUGGUGCACAUUUCCAGCUAGUUUUUGGAGUAGUUUAUUACUUCAAUUAUGUCAUUUAUCUAUUUAUGGAAUUGUUAUUUAUGAUAGAUUUUUUUGUUAA